GUGAUGAUAUUGUCGUAUUAUAUAUUAAAAGUAUUGAUGGCAUUCAGAAAAGUGAGAUAUCAAAAUUUCUAUAUAAACUUCCUAGAACCAGUUAUUAAUAUUCGACUUAGUUUUAAUCAAAUAAUAUUUUAUUAAUUAUACUCUACAUUUAGGAACAAAAAAAGGAGAAAACACCAUCACUAUGUACGGCAGUAUUAGAAAUACAACAGUAAUUGACAAUUUGAAAUUAAUUCACAUCAGUUGGGAUUUAAAUUUCAUGGAUAUUGUUAUAUCAACAUUAGAAGAAUCUCCCUUUGAAGUAACAUUAAAAUCAAGAGCAUUUAAUUUACCAAAUUAUAAUGGUCCAAUGCGUAUACAUUUAAAAUGUAUGGAAAGAAUUGCCGAGGGGAAAUAUAUGGUGAUAUGUGUGAAAAGUGAUGGUAGACCUGAUGAUAAAAUUGUUGAUAAUAUUAUUGUAAAUUGUUCACAAUACAAUUUUGUGUGGUCGAAAAAUGUUUUUCAAAUAGGUAAUACAGUGAAAAAUUGUCCCUCAAAACCAUUUGAACUUUUUCUACGCGAAUUAAAAAUGUGUAAAACUUUACUUUUAGAUAUUACAUUAUCAGAAAUUAGAAACACUCAAGUCAUUGAAAAGUCAUGAUUUAUUAUUAAAUUAUUAUAUAUAGCGAUAUAUUUUAUUUCGACAAUAAAUUAAAAAUUAAUUUCAUAAUAAAUUAUAUUCAGUAUUGCAUAUAUUGCUUUUUGACAAAAGAUAUAAAAUUAUAAAUUAUCUUUUAUGUGAUCUCGAUAUUUAAUGUUGUAAAUAUGUAUAUAUUAUUAA